AUGCCACAUCACAGGCUUCCAGCGGGAGUCUGCAGGCACCGUGAGCCGUCCCUAGAGGCUAUCCCAACGGUUGGUAGCAAGGCCCUGCGGACGCCCCCAAGGGCCGAGUCUUGCACAUACGAUGUCCUCCCUUUGAAUGUGGUCUAUGAACGGAACAGAACCGGUUUUGAGGAGACCAAGGAGUUCCAAGUCGUCACUAACAUGGUCAUUGCAGCGAGGUAUCGAGUGGUGGGUUUUCUGGGAUCAGCGGCCUUCAGCAAAGCGGUCCAAGCUUGGGACAUGCGAUUCAAUCAACACGUCUGUAUGAAGAUCAUCAAGAAUGAUAAGGACUUCUUCGACCAGAGCUUGGAUGAGAUCAAACUACUCAGCCUACUGCAGUUGAACGCCCCUGAUGGGGACAUUGACAAGACCAGAUGCCUGAGGAUGAUCGAUUACUUUUAUCAUAAGGAACAUCUCAUAAUUGUCACGGAACUGCUGAGGGAUAAUCUGUAUGAAUUCUCGAAGCUUACACGAGUGAGCUCGCCACCCCAGCCCUUGUCGCCUGUCCCAGCGUUUGGGAGCCCGGUUGCUACCCCUCCGACAACGCCAUUGUUGGAGCAGGCCCCUGUGUCCCAGUACUUCACCAUUGGUCGUCUGCAGAAGAUCACGCACCAGGUCUUAACAGCCUUGGAGUACAUCCACUCUAUGGGCCUCAUGCACUGUGAUUUGAAGCCUGAGAAUAUCUUACUCCAGAGCUACACCACAGCUUCCGUGAAGGUCAUCGACUUUGGCAGUAGUUGCUUCAUCACGGACCACCUAGCUACCUAUAUUCAGAGCAGAUGCUACCGCGCUCCAGAGGUCAUCCUGGGGCUGUCCUAUGAUACAUCGAUCGACAUCUGGUCACUCGGUUGCAUAGUGGCUGAGCUUUGGACCUCAACAGUUCUGUUUCAGAACGAUUCCAUCCAGAGUCUUCUUGCUCGUGUUAUAGGGAUUAUUGGUCCUUUCCCAGAGCAUAUGAUGCGACUGGGGAAGCUCAUACCUCGCUACUUCACCCGGGAUCGCCAGAUCUACAUGGAGCAUCCACCGGUGCAUGGCAUGAGGGAUAUGAGCACUUCGAGAUCGGCAUCAUGGGAUAACCGCCAGCGCGCCUCGCCACCCUCGACGCCUCGGUUACUCCAGAUCCUCGUUCCCAAAGAGACUAGUCUACACCAACGCAUGCGCACGAACGAUGAGGCAUUCCUCGACUUCAUCACCCAGUGCCUCCAACUCGAUCCUAACUUGAGGCCUACUGCCCGAGAAGCCCUGCAGCAUCCGUGGCUGACUAAGUCAAGGUACCCAGAUGGUUUGACGGAUUGA